AUGGCGGCCAUGCUGCAUUUUUCAGAUGCCGACUAUUGUUACGGAAAUCGAACCACCUGUGGCCAAGGAGGGCCAUCCAAGGAGCUUACCGUAAUUGACCUCCAAAACUUUUGCCUAUUCCUACCACCAGUCAAAACCGAGAUUGUCAUGACCUCUGAAGGUUGCUGUGAGACCUGUGCUGAUAGGAAAGCAACUAACUGUGAGCCAAUUGCAAGUGAUGCUGUCAGUUUCUGCACAUUUGCUGGAUUAACAGCUGGAUCUCGCGUCUUUCCAAGUGGAUUCUUCACCUCGGCACAUCUCGUCAGAGACACAUUAAACAAGAAGAUUCAAAUCACUGGUACAUACAAGCCUAGUGUCUGGGGUGUAUCAAAUGACGAUGGAGGACAAUAUGAUUUGACUGGCACAAAUCAAUAUCGAGUCAACUCUCCACCAGGAGGAAAACCUGUUGGAUACCUCGAGUAUCUCUCAUUGGUUGGAUCAGGCGUCUUUUGUAUCCAAAUGUGCUCGACACCAUAUGGCUGCAAUUCAGACAACGAUUAUCAAGGUUGUGAAGUAGCCAUACCUGGUAAUUACAAUGCAGGUUAUACACAAGCAGAUGGUGUGAUCCUUAGACAAAACUCUCCUCCACCAACAAAUAUUGAAGGAUUGCCGAAGACUCUGGUCGGGCCUCCCAAAAUCACUGCUGGUCCUAGUACAGUCGCAUCUCCAGGCGCCGCUCAACCAGCAAAUACCGGAGUGGCCAAGAAAUUGAGUGUAUACGGUGUUUAA